AUGGUCAAACCAACACUCGGAGAGUCUGUCGUUUCAACGGCCUCCUCUUUCAACGACCGCUCCCAGACUGCGCCUUUUUAUCCUGACCGACAAGAGGUCAAUCAAAUCGGCAGUGGCCUACAAGGCGCUAUCUUUGAGGUUGUUGGACAUACCCAUGUCUUCAAAAAGGAAAAUCCAGGCAACGAAUUACUAUCAUCGAAUCUCAAACGCGAGUACAAAACCCACCGCGAUGUUUCGGCCGCAUUUGAACUGUACAAGAUUCCCACUCUUAGCAUAGUCCAAGUUCCCAAGCCCAAUAGUUUUGUUCCUAAAAUUCAAAACAAAUGGUUCUGGGAUUACAUCUUGCCAGUAAUACCCCAGGGAUAUCGCACACGCGGGGAUAUCAUCACCAUGGAACGGAUUCUUCCGUUGCCAAAGGUCGUACGAAGAGCGCUCCUCACUCAUUUCUAUGCUGGUGAAAGGAAUUGGGGGUGUAGUAAGCCUGAUGUCGAAUACCUUCUCAGUAACCAGGAGAACAAGCACUGCCUUGCCCGAGUCUAUUUGGGCAAAGCCAAUUGUUCAUUUAAUCAGGAUAACCCAGCCCCGCUCAGAAAGUUCCCGCUCUAUCUCAAUUCUAUGAAGGGACUUGGCAUGGAUACCCUUGUCCUAGCCCAGGAAAUGGGUAAGACAUAUGCAAUCAUGCACUGGGGUGCUGCCACAAAUGGUGACGAUGUGGAGUUCGUACUUGGCACCUGGGCCUUAAAGAAAUCGGUAGCGCGCAUAGAAUCGUCCGAACGCUCAGCAUCGUGCCAUUGGAUUAUGUCUUCUCAACUUCGGCCAAUUCUCGAAAAGCCCGGAAUUGUUCGCAUCCUUCAAGAAGGGAACAUUGAUGCUGGUAAUGUCAUCCUAUCAGACAAGAAACUCAACGACAAGUUCAGCAUGGAGGACUUUAUGCAAUAG